AUGCCUAAGGUAAUGGGAGCCAGUCAGGAGAACUAUGAAGACUGUGUAGCGCUGUGGCCAGAGAAGGCUACGAGCUCCCUCCCACCGUGUCCGAUGUCUCGGCUAGAUUUCCUCAAGUCCUCACACUUCGCGCUGGGUCCCGAUCCUCGGCUGCACCAAGGUACCAUGAACUCCACGUCGCAUCGAGACUUUCCGGCCUAUCCGGGUGCCAGCCGGGUUCAGCCCAGCCGGGUAGCACUGCAAUCCACGCUCUUCCAAAAGGAUGCGCGCAGGGCGGCUGAGGAGUGCGUGUCUGAGGAGCGCCGCGCGUUUACCCUGCCGCCAGCGCCGUCGAGCGCGCGCGAGCAGAUCCGGGCGCGCACACUCGCCAUGCAGGUCAGCAACCUGCACGUGCACGCGGACGCGAGCCCCGGCGUCAGCUUGUCCACCGCGCGCGUGGACUACGGUUGGCCAGAACUGCCCGCGCGCUCCAGGGAGCAGAUCCGCGGGGCGCGCCUCAUCUUUGACCGCGACUCGGUGCCAUCCGGAGACAGAGAGAAGCUGCGCAUACCGCGUACCACGAACCAGGUGCACUUUCCACCCUACGACGCGUGCCCGAAGUCUCGCAAGCCCUGCAUCCACCUCGGGGGCCCCAACACUCUGAAAUGGAACUACAAGGGACAGGAAGAGACCUCCUACCGGAGGCAGUUUCAGGCCCUUCCAGGUCUACCUGCCUCGAUGUGUAAGAGGGUCUCCUCCAGUGUGCAGCUGGGCAAAUGCAAGACUGGCUCCAGCUCCAUGUGCUCAGAACUGAAACAGGCCUACAUACCUCAGAGUUUGUCCCUAUGCAGGUAUGACAAGACCAAGGCAGCAGCCAAUAUUUACUGUGUGAGCAUUGGUCCCAAAGAUGACCUCUUCCAAGAUAAGACCACCAUGACAGCCCACUUCUGUGCCCAGGAGCCAGAACAUUUUGCUCUCCACCAUGAUCAGACUCCAGAGUCGCACAUCCUGAAAGGAAAUUGGUGCCCUGGCCCAGGCAGCCUUGCCACCUUCAUGCAGUUCUUCUAUGGCCAGCCGCCACCUGCGACCAAGCCACCAAGCCGCCACUUGCCUCACGAGAAACUUCAGGACUGUGUGACCCUAGGAGAACCAAAGCUGCUCCCGCACUUCUUCCAAACCACCACGGGCUCAGACUACUGCACCCCAGGCUCAGGCCCAACACAGAAAGCAUUCAGCCUUCAUUUGCUGCAAAGCAAUCUGCCGCAGGGCACAGGUGAUUUGGACUUUUUAACCACAAACCAAAAGAUGAUGAAGCCACAUGGAGCAGCUCGAGCCUCCAUGACUCAAGAAUUGCUACAGCGGUGCAAGUACAGCCACAUCAAGCCCCCACUGAGUGGACAACGUUUCUUCUCAACACAGCACCAGGAUGAAUUUCCUUUCAAGUACCAGAGUCCAGAAGUCUUGAAGUUAAGCAACAUUCAAAAGAGUCAUGUGCCACUAGCCACACUACAACAGUGGGGCUGUGGAGGUGGGAAAGUAGUCCCUCUGGAUCCCCUGCUCUGUAUGUAUCCCUGCCCCAACAAGCAAUAA